AUGGGAAGGGGAAAGAUAGAGAUAAAGAGGAUAGAAAACACGACGACGAGGCAAGUGACGUUCUCAAAGAGAAGGAACGGACUCCUGAAGAAGACCAAUGAGCUCUCUAUCCUCUGUGACGCCCAGAUCGGACUCAUCGUCUUCUCCAACACUGGCAAGCUCUUUCACUACUCCUCUCACCCCUACAGGAUGGAUCAAAUAAUUGAAAAGUAUCAACGAUCUACAGGGACUCGCAUAACGCGCCAUGGACAUUCCCACCUUCAGGAAGAUUUAUUGACUGAGAUGGCAAUGCUGAGGCGUCAAAAUCUGAGCCUUGAGAUGGGGAUUCAGCGCUACCUUGGAGAGGGCAUAGCUUGUCUCCAAUAUGAAGAAGUGACUAAGCUUGAAGAAAAACUUCAAAGCUCUGUUGCAAGGGUUCGAAAGCGUCAGAAUGAGCUCCUGCAGCAGCAAUUGGAGAACCUGCGAAGGAAGGAAAGAAUCUUGGAAGAUGAAAACUGUAAUUUGUCCAAUUGGGAGCAGCAAACUGCUGUAUUGGAGUUUGAAAGGGCUGCAGCAAGUAACGGUGUUGCCAUUCUACGAUGA